GGAACAGGAACAGCUCCAACCAAUGCCUCUGAACUCCUCUGAUCACAACCGGACCAUCUCUGUGUUCACCUCCAAACUGAGCCCAGCUGCUGACAUAUGCGUGGGGCUGACCAUCCUCUCUGUCGUUCUGCUCUCCCUUCUGGGCAAUGGGCUAGUUCUGGUCAUUUGUUACCGCAGGCGGAAGAAGAUGGUGAGCUCUGAGCUGCUGUGCGUCAACCUGGCCGUGGUCGACUUCUUCUGCUGCAUCUGCUUCUACCCGCUCUCCAUCCUCUCCUCCUUCCACCACGCGUGGCUGGGAGAAAACGUCACGUGCGUUUACUACGGCCUUGGCUGCUACAUCUUCGGCCUGUGCGGCAUGUUUACCAUCACGGCCAUCAGCAUCAUCCGCUACCUGAAGACGUGCUACAGCUUGGUUUACGCUGUGUGGCUGGAAGGAGCCAACAUGCGCAUAGCGUGUGCCGUCUGGCUCGUGGCUGCCGUGUGGUCCAGCUUCCCUCUGUUCGGCUGGGGCGAGUACGUCCCCGAGCCCUAUGGGCUGUCGUGCACCAUCGCCUGGAGGGGUUACCACACCUCAGCCAAGGAUGCCUUCUACGUCAUCUGCUCCUUCGCCUGCUUCACGCUGGUCCCCGUCGUCCUCAUCGUGGUGUCUCAGUGUCGGAUCAUCUACAAGGUGUCCCGCUUCUCCGACUCGCUGUCCGCGAGAGGCAUCCGCAACAACCUGCGAUACGCCGAGAAGCGUCUCUCCAUGAUGUUCUUCUGCAUCAGCCUUGGUUUUGUGAUUGCCUGGGCACCGUACGCUGUCGUGUCCUUCCUCUUCAUUUUCCACAAGGAGCACCAUUACAUGGCUCCUGAGGGCUUUGUGUUCCCGGCCCUCUUCGCCAAAAGCUCCCACAUCUACAACCCCUUCAUCUACUUCUACUUUAACAAGACUUUUCAGAGGGAGGUUCGCUGCCUGCUCCUCUCUGUCUGGCCUAAGCUGGGGGGAAAUCGAGUGGGUGUCCACAUCAGCGCAGGCCACCAAGUCCCGUCCCAUCCCAUCCACAUUCAGCUUCAGGAGAGAGGCUGCGUCCAAAAGAAGAACUUCAGCUUGUCUCAGGACAGACCUCAAGGCAAGAGCAAAGGCAAGGCAGCGCACACCAGCAGCAACCCUGCCCGCAGCAGGCCGGUGUACACCUGCUGGGGAUCCACCUCAAAGAACGCCCCCUCACUCGUGGACACUAAACCUGCCAAACACUCCCUGCCUGUCUCUAUAUGAACCCUGCCUAUCACCGAAAAUACUGUUACAAGUCAGAUCUAGGAUUUAAAGGCAGUGUGGACAACCAAAAAGUUAACCAAAAAGUCUGGGGUCCUUUACUGUUUCAUUGAAAAAAAAUCAGCCAGGGUCAAAUUUUUUUAAUCAUGAAAGUUACAUUUUCUGCUAUUUGCUUUUUGGUUUGGGUAGCUAGCUUAGCAGCCUGCAUUGAUACAGCAUUAUGCUCAUAAGUAAUAACUAGUAGCUGAAUUUCAAGGCUUGUCCUUUGUCAAACAGCUCAAAUGGUCCUCAUGGUGUUAUCCUUGUCACAUAAUGUGGUUGCAUUAUGCAGAAACAAUCUACUUGCUGUUUAUGAGCUGUAGUACGUAGUCUCCCUUGUAAAUACACCAACCUCUUCGGACCUCUUCACAUCUUGCUGUUGCUCAUCUGGAACCGGUCUGACACUGGUCCCUCUUCAGACUGGUCCCUGUCCAUACUGUCCAGCCCAAAGACACUUCAUCUAUUACAAACCGAAGAGGUUGGUGCGUUCGAGGGGGAAACUACAGCACACGAUCCACUUCAUCAGCUCCAUGGCUAGCUUUUUGUUUCACCAAACAACUGCUGCUUGCGUGCCUUGUCAUUUCUGACGAGUCAUACUUACAACUGCAACUGAUUUUUCUUUGAGCUCGAAUAUAUCCGGCACUAAAUAAUACAGAAGUGCCUGAACACCAAACGAUGUGAAUGCCCCACAUCUUCCAAAGACUGUAGUUCAGUGUAAUGAAACCCAGAUCUAUUGGGUUUGUAGCCAUGUUAUCACUGCACAUCAUAAUAAAGCACACACAACCAACUCUGUCAUCA